AUACCAUAGCAUAGACAGUAGGGUAUAUACGGCUUCUGAUUGUCGUCUCGUCUCGUCAUAGUGGACACGACACGUCAGAGAUCACCACGCAUGUACACUCGUGCGCGCGCCUGAGUGUGUCCAGUCGGAGACCCUCUGCCCUACUUUUAAUGCCCGAUGGUGCUGCGCGAGGAGGAUGAGGAGGCAAAUACCAGAAUGUCCUCGAGGAUGGAUGCAGCUGUUGUUGUACGUUGUUGUAUAGUUCCGUUGGAUAGAGUUGCGCGGAUUGUGCAAAUCGAGUAGAUAGAUAGAUAGAUAGAUAGAUAGAUAGAUAGAUAGAUAGAUAGAUAGAUAGAUAGAUAGAUAGAUAGAUAGAUAGAUAGAUAGAUAGAUAGAUAGAUAGAUAGAUAGAUAGAUAGAUAGAUAGAUAGAUAGAUAGAUAGAUAGAUAGAUAGAUAGAUAGAUAGAUAGAUAGAUAGAUAGAUAGAUAGAUAUUUAUUAAUCCCAUAGAUAGAUAUAUUUUAUUCACCCCAUGAGGGACAUCGGAGGACACAUUUGGAAGGAAUUUUAAGCACCGGAGGAGAGAGAGGGGGUCCACUCAGUGCCGACCGGAGCAUGAUGGACCCCCUGGCCGACAGACGCGCACCUCAGGCUGAGCGCAGCAGCAGAGGAGCUGUCGGUGGGGAAUCAGCGGACGAUCAGGCACGAGGCUGCCGGAGAAACGCGGCGAUGAGCGGCAGCGAGAGCCUGGGCAGCUUCGCCGACAUGGAAGACUCGCUGGAGGAUAAACUCAAAGGUCUAGCGUUCAGGAAACAGAUCUCGUAUAGGAAAGCCAUCUCGCGGUCGGGCCUCCAGCAUUUGGGUCCAGCACAGAAUCCCUUCACUGCCCUAAACAACGGACCAGCCAAGGAACUCCGCAACACUGUGGACUGGAGCGAGAACGCAGUGAACGGUGAUCAUCUGUGGCUGGAGACGAACUGCUCCGGGGAUCUCUGCUACCUGGGCGAAGAGACGUGCUUGGUCAAGAUUGCAAAGUCGGCUCCCCGGAGGAAGUGUGCAGCCUGUAAGAUCGUGGUCCACACGGCGUGUAUUGAGGAGCUGGACAAGAUCAACUUCCGUUGCAAACCCACCUUCAGAGAGGGCGGCUCUCGAUGCCUUAGAGAUAAUGAACCCUUGUUGGCACGUUUACAUGUGACCCGUUGUGUCUGUUUGCGACAGCAGAACGCUUUGAGACAUCACUGGGUGCACCGCCGACGGCAAGAGGGGAAGUGUCGUCAGUGCGGAAAAAGUUUCCCGCAGAAGUUCUUCCACAGUAAGGAGAUCGUGGCCAUCAGCUGCUCCUGGUGCAAGCUGGCAUUCCACAAUAAGGUCACAUGCUUCAUGCUCCAUCAGAUCGAGGAGCCCUGCUCACUGGGAGCUCACGCCGGGGUCAUCGUACCGCCUUCCUGGAUCAUCAAAGUCAGGAAACCGCAGAGCUCAUUUAAAAACUCCACUCGAAGGAAAAAACGGACGUCGUUCAAAAGAAGAGCCAGCAAAAAGGGCACGGAUGAAUCAAAAUGGCGUCCGUUCAUGCUGAAGCCGCUGCCCUCACCGCUGAUGAAACCAGUGCUGGUGUUUGUCAACCCCAAGAGCGGCGGAAACCAGGGGACUAAGCUGCUGCAGAUGUUCAUGUGGAUCCUGAACCCUCGGCAGGUGUUUGAUUUGUCUCAGGGAGGGCCCAGAGAAGCCCUGGAACUAUACAGGAAAGUGCCAAAUCUUCGCAUCCUUGCCUGUGGAGGAGAUGGAACGGUGGGCUGGAUUCUCUCGGCCUUAGAUGAACUUCAGAUGAACCCACAACCUCCUGUAGCUGUGCUUCCUCUUGGCACAGGAAAUGACCUUGCCAGGACUCUGAAUUGGGGAGGGGGUUACACCGACGAGCCGGUGUCUAAGGUGUUGUGUCACGUGGAGGACGGUACGGUGGUGCAGUUGGACCGCUGGAAUCUGCAGGUGGAGCGUUCGGCUUCUCAGCCGGAGGAGGGCACGCAGAAGCUUCCUCUAAACGUGUUCAAUAACUACUUCAGCCUCGGCUUUGAUGCCCACGUCACCCUGGAGUUCCACGAGUCUAGAGAAGCCAACCCCGAGAAAUUCAACAGUCGCUUCCGAAACAAGAUGUUCUAUGCAGGGGCGGCUUUCUCCGACUUUCUCCAGCGGAGCUCCAGGGAUCUGUCUAAGCAUGUCAGAGUGGUGUGUGACGGUACGGAUCUCACACCCAAGAUCCAGGAGCUGAAGUUUCAGUGCAUCGUCUUCUUGAAUAUUCCCAGGUACUGUGCUGGGACCAUGCCAUGGGGAAACACGGGCGACCACAGAGAUUUUGAGGCUCAGAGGCAUGACGACGGCUGCAUCGAGGUGAUCGGUUUCACCAUGGCCUCUCUGGCGGCGCUGCAGGUGGGCGGCCACGGCGAACGGCUGCACCAGUGCAGAGAGGUCAUCCUCACCACCUUCAAGACGCUGCCCGUGCAGGUGGACGGAGAACCGUGUCGCCUCACGCCCUCGACCCUGCACAUAUCGCUGAGGAACCAGGCCAACAUGGUGCAGAAGAGCAAGAGACGCACAUCUGUGCCGCUGCUCAACGACAUUCAGAAAGUGUGCGCAGCCGACCUGCGCCGCCUCUCUGCUCCCCCCGACUCCUUCUCUGUCCCUCAUGCAGUCCCUGACCGUCUGCGACUGCGCGUGAACCGCAUCAUCCUGCAGGAUUACGAGAGUAUGCAGUUCGACAAGGAGCGUCUGCGUGACAUCUCUACUCCUGUUGGCAUCGUGGUGGUGAGAGGAGACUGUGACCUGGAAACCUGUCGACUGUACAUUGACAGGCUUCAGGAGGAUUUGCAUCAAGCGCCCUCUUCUGGUCACCGAGUGCACUACCAGGACGAGAGCACAGGUUUGGCUUGGCCGAGUUCAGCACACAGACUUUCAUCAAACUGGAGCUUCCUAGACUCUACAUCAGCCGACCGCUUUUAUCGCAUAGACAAGGCUCAGGAGCAUCUUCACUUUGUGACUGAAAUAUGCCAGGAUGAGGUUUUCAUCCUGGACCACGAGGCCCCAGCGGUGAGCCAGGUCCGAGCUCCUGGAAUGCCGGAUGUGGUGGUGGAACCCAGUUCCAGUGUUCCCCUGACCUCAGAUGAACAAGCUCUUUUGUCAGCUGCUGUUAAAGGAGACCUGUCUGCGAUGCCGGGCUCCUGCGGCAGCGGGGUCAGUCUGUUGGUUCGGGACUCUAUGGGCUGCACCGCUCUACACUUGGCCGCCAAUCACGGUCACACGGAGGUUGUGAGUUUCAUUCUAGAACACGGGUCAAAGCUGAUGUUGGAUUUAACUGAGAAAGACACAGGCGACACUGCACUGCACAAAGCAGCAUCCCAGGAGCACCGUGAGGUAUGCAGACGUCUGCUGGAGGCUGGGGCUUCCCUUAGCAAAACAAACUUCCUGGGAAAAACUCCCAAGGAUUGUGCCCUGGAUACCGGGAACUUGGAGUUGGCGUCCCUCCUGGAGAGCCAGCCGGUAGAUGAGCCCGCGGCACACGAGGAUCUGGAGACGGCUGUAUGAACGGGCUCACACGCUUAGUGUUAGGAAGAAUUGUACCCACAUAAAGUGGCUGUCGGCACUCCUCCACGCGCCUGCUCACACUCGAACGAGAGAGCUUGAGGGGGGGAAGAGAAAGAGGUGUAUCGAGAGCGCCUCGGGCUGAGAAAAUCCUCUGCGAACAGGAAAAUGUCUAGCUGUUGUUUUUCCACUGAUGUCGCUGUGGGGUUUUUUUAAUUUUAGGCUGUGACCUAGCAUUUAUUUAUUGCUCUUAUUUAUUAUAUCUAUUUAUUCAACGAUGGAUUGGGUUUUGCUGCGUCAACAGACACAAAAGACGUUUAAACAUGUUGUGUGCCAAAGACACACAGACAGGAAAAACAUCAUCUGCUCCUGAAGAGGGUCGUCAUUGGUUCAGAGUCAAAAUAGCUCCAGAGAUGUUAAACUGGACAUCUACAUAACUACAGACUUCACACAAUCUGUUUCCUUCUCAGUUGUUUGUGUGCCGUUACAGUGGCGUGAUUGUGAAAUUAUCUUAUGACGACGAGAAAACAUCUGAGCCAUUUUCAAUGCAAUAUGAAUGGAUGACAUUUGUGCAUUUCUCUAUUUAUUAUUACAUUACAUUAAUGUUUCAAGACAAGCAAAGGAACCGGAUGCAUUUUUUCCAUUGAUGGCAGCUGAUUUUUGGCUCCAUUAUAAGGUUGUGUUUUACAACACUGGCCUGCGAGAAGAAUGACUAAACCAAAUGAACGCGAGAAGGACACUGACGAGAGUUGCGUGGUAUUUUGAACACUUCUGUAACAUUACCUAGUCCCAUGUCAAAUCACUCAUGACGGGAAAUGCAUGAAAACGGCAGCCUGUAGGAUCACGCUGAGCCUCUGAGAUCCAUUUACAUACGAGUGAUCUGCUGUACGUGUCAUCUUGUAUUAUCAGUUGAGAUUUUAACACAUUAUUGUGCAUGGAGUUUUGUUACCUCUCUGGAUGUUUCUACCCCUCAGUGAUUAUGUAAUGAAAUGGCAUUAUUUCUUUUCAAUUUUUUUAUUUAUAUAAAAAUUGUUCAGUGGUUGUAUUUUGCUUUUUUAACCUUUUAAAAGAUGGGACUACUUGAAUGUUUUAGUUUCUUCUAAUUUCUGAAUAUAUAUUUUAGGUGUGUAUGAGGUCACGGGUUGAGUAGAAGUGAUGGAUGGAGAUGUGACUUGACAUGUUGCACAAUCUCAAAAUUAGGAAUGUUCACUCAUUAAAAGGCAGUCGGAUGGAAAGCACCAGUGUUUUGUGUUUUUCAUGGAAAUUCCUAGAUGUACCUGAUGUUAAAGAAACUACUGUGACAAAAAUAAAUAACAUUGUCUGCA